UUCGAACGCGUGCAAAAAAAGAUUGCUGUCGAAUCGGUCGAUACUCUGGCUGCUUAGCGGGGUUGGGAGCUGCAAAAAGGCGCCUAAGAGAGAAAGAAUCUUGCCCCGCGUCGGGUCUUGGCAACGCGGCCCGCGCUCACGCUAAUUGAUAUGGUAAGUGCACUUAUCUGAUAGCUGUCGUCCACGUCUUCAACGAAGAGAACUGCUGUUCAGUGAAGCGCAUCUAUGUCCGCGCUACCUAUGGCUCCGCCGCAUUCAUAACAUCGCUGUCUUGGUAGACCACUGUAUAUGUUCAGAGCCAGAAAUUGUAGAAGAUGAACAUUUUCAAGCUCCGAUAACACUCCGUCAUGUCCUUCGUCUCUCCCUUCGGCACAUCAACAUCGAAACCCGGCCAUGGAUCCAUCGUCCUCGAGAUACUUCCUCCGGAUAAACCUGUCCUUCGAACUGUAUCCUACCAGUAUCCCCUUAAGCUAGUUGCGCCAGAUCCGUUAGCACCACCCAACUAUGACAGAGAAGUGGACCGCAAUACAACAACAGGAGUACCUUGCCUCAUUCACACAGUCUUCCUGUUGACUUAUGGUGGAGGAAUUGUUGCUGGAGAUAGCAUAGAUUUGGACGUCAAACUAGACAGUAGUACACGGCUGAUACUGUUGACCCAAGGUUCGACUAAGAUCUUCAAAACCCCAAGUCCAGACCUAGUCUCCCGACAGCAUAUGAACACAUACCUCAAGCAGGAUUCUGCGUUGGUCUAUCUCCCGGAUCCUGUGCAACCUUUUGCACACACAGCGUUCUCCCAGUCUCAAGUCUAUCACUUGGAGAAAGAGCAGGGUAACUUGUGCGUUUGCGAUUGGGUGACGAGUGGCCGUUCAGCACGAGGAGAAAAUUGGGAUAUAUAUGAAUAUAAGAGUCGGAACGAGGUGUGGACUGUAGGUGAUGCAGGGAAGAAAAGACUACUUCUACGAGACAAUCUCAUUCUGAACAAGCAUGGCAAGACCGGAAUGCCACUCGCCUCUCGUAUGGAUAACUACUCCGUUUUUGGGACUUUGAUCAUUCGCGGUCCAAUCUUCUCGUCAGUAGCCAAAUUCUUUCUGGACGAGUUCGAGGCACUACCGCGUAUUGGAGGAAGAAACUGGGGCGACGUCGUGCAGCCUGAGCUUCAAGCACACGAGCAGAGGCGAUACGAGAGGCAACAGCGAGAGGGGAGUGAUGGCCUGGUAUGGAGUGCUGCAAACGUGAGGGGUUUUGUUCUGGUCAAGUUCGCAAGCAGGGAAGUGGAAGGAUCACGGAACUGGUUAAGGGAUAUGAUCAAGGAAGAAGGAUCCCUGCUAGAUGCAUUUGGGGAAAGGGCGAUUCUGUGUCUAAAGUGAGGCUAUGGAGCAUUGAUACCCGGGUCCAGGUAGAUCUGUCGACGAGAAAAUUUGUCACAUGUCGUGUCUCGAUGCUGUCGUGUUGCAUGUGUUGUCCAUGUACUUGCAGCCCCACGCCGAGGUGCUU